UAAGUUUUUUGAUUUGGAAUAAUAUAUUUUAUAAGCACCUACCCAAAAGAUUAAAUGAAAUCUUUAUGCAAAUAGAAUAAAAAUUUAACACUUCUACCUCAUUUGUAAGGUUGUAAAUUGUUUAUUAAAAGGUGGCUUAAAAAUCCAUAUGCUAAGAACUUGCUUCGAACGUAAGUCACACAGAAAGACGCAUUUUACUUUGAAUAAGGAAAAAACAAAAAUAUGGAUGACGCGGAACUUACACGUUUAGCAAUUGAAGAAAUUGUCCGCGGAAUGGAAGAGUUGAAAGAGCCACAAGUGCAAGAACGUAAGAUCAAUCCGAUAGCAAAGCCAAAUAAGCGAUUUCUUGGACGCACCUUAAACUCGAUGAUAUCACAUAAUAAACGCACAAACGAUCGAACUCAAGCGAAUUGCAGAAGAAAGUUGAAAGAACUCGAUGAACGACAGAAGCUAGCUAGAACCAAGAAAUCUAGGAGCCGUGAUGGUAGUUGGGAACUUGUAUUGAGUAGCUCCGCAGAUGAAAGUUAUUCCAAAGAUGCACGAAAACGAAGAAAAUGUCCUAAGACUAACCGUAAGAAAUAUAAAAAAAGUAAAAAGAAAAGCAAAAGCAAGAAACACAAAUCUAAUAGACGCGAUAGUAGCAGUAGCACCAGUAGCAGCGGAAGCAGUAGUGAAAGUAGCAGCAGCACAAGCAAUAGUUACAGACAAAGCAAAAAAAGUAAACACCGUAAAAAGGCAAAGCACAAAAAGUGCCAAGAAGAUGUAGAAACAAAUCCCGCAGAAGUGCCUCAAAUGUACUAUCAAUCAAAUAUAAAUGAUGCCAUCCAACUAGAUGCGGCAUUAAUGGCCGACAGUUAUAGGCAACAUCAAAUGCAGCAACUCUUGUAUUAUAGUGCAUUAAUGGCUGGGCAAGAAAGUGCUGAAAUUGAAGCAUUGAAAGAGGAAUUGCGUACAAGCGACGUCGAGGCUAGUGACGCUAAAGUAGAAAAAACCUCAGUUUGUAGCGUUGUCUCAUCCAUGAAAUCAAGUGACAGUGAAACGGGGGAAAGUGGUAUACUGCAAAUAAGUUUAUCAUCCGCCUCAUCCACUAGCAGCAAAGCAACAGAAAAUAAAAUUCUAACAAAAAAUAGAAAAAACGAAAAUGACGAAGCAGAGGAAAGUGACUAUAGUAACAGUUCUAACGAUGUUAUUUGGAAUUUAGAUUCCGAUAGUUCAAACGAUAACUGGGAUACAGAAAAUAAUAAUAGCGAGGAAGAACAACAUCAAAGCGAUGAAGAUUGCAUUUGUUUAACGUCUGAAUCAGAAUCUGGCAACGAUAGUGAGUCGAAUAAUACAACUUGCGAAUCGGAUGUAGAAAUAGAAAAAAUAACUACCGGAACUAACGAAAUUGGCCUGCCCUUAACGGAAACUGUUACGCUGCUCAGUUCUUCCGAUAGUGAAGUGGAAAUUAUAAGUACAAAUGGGGACGAUGAGGUAGCACAAAAAAAUUCUUAUGUGGAGACUCAAAACUCAACUCAUUUGAAUACAGAACAAUUGCAAGAAUUCGUAGUUGAACGUGAAAAGUCGCCAAAUACAGAAGUAUCGGGGCAGAAUGGCUCGCCAUCAAUUGGAAACAAUCCGUUAAUAGCGUUAUGUAAUACAAUCUCUUUACAUUCUGUGGAAAACGAAAGCGUUGAAAAAGAAGCAGCCGAAGGUCUGGAGACUAAACAAAAUUCCAACAUUAAUAUCUCAAUAUCGGAAUCAAGUUCUAAUGUUGAAGAAACCAAACAAUUGGAAGAAGUCUUUUUAGGUUCGGAACCGGCAAUAGUUUUAGAAAAUACGCUCUCAAAUUCAGAUGUUAAAGAUAGCAUAGCGAUAGAAGAAAGAACGGUUGAGUUUACCCAGAGUGCGAAUACUUCAAACAUCUCGUUCUCACUGUCAGAAUCAACUUCUACUGACGUAAAUAAAAACAUGGACCAAGUAAAGUGUCACGUGGCAGACGAUACCAAAAGAAUCACACAAGUUUUACAACCAACUGAAGAUAUACAGACGGUAAACGCAGAAUGCCUAUCAACGCUGGAUGCCGUCCCAAAAGAUAGAUCUGUUGGUGAUUUUUCAAAGCAAAAUGUUAUUGCGAAACUUAGCCUUAUGGAAGCAGAACUUAACAAAAAGGUUGUGAAUGCAACAGGUGAAGAGGAGGUUGAUGAAACAACACAAUCGUUAUUAACUUCACCUCAUUUGGAUGCACCAAAAAGCAUGUCUCUAAGCACUUCAUUACCAUCCGCGCGAUUAUUAACUGCAGUUGCACCGGUUGUGACAGAAUUAGCGCCAGUUUCAACAGAUAGGAGCAAUCAAUCUGAAACAAAUCUUACCGAACCAGUUAGUGAAGGAAUAAAUUUGUAGAAAAUAUGGUAGGCUCAUGACAACUUAAACAAUCCCGAAUCAAUUUUUACUAAGUUUAAGGUCAAGCAGUAAUUUAACUUCUUUUUAUAAAAUUCUCUUUGAUCUCAAACUAAUAACACUUUCAUAUUAUACACUUUAUGUACUCGCAAUCAUAAAGAUAUCAAAAUUUUACCGAGAAAAAAAUUUGCCGUGAGUCUACUAUAAGAUAUUUUUUAUAAUCAAACUUAAUUAUACGCUGUGGUCGCUUUAAAUAAAUUUAUUUGCAUUGAAUAUGUAACUUCAAAACAUAUUUUCUUAUAAUUAUUUACAUAUUUUG